AAUGAAAAUCAAUGAAAAGAUAUUCCUAUCAUUUUUUAAUAAAUUGAUAGACAAUAAUAAUAGUAAAAACAAACUUAGUAAAAAUAAUAACCUAGUAAUUAACAACAUCAGCAAUUACAUUAAACUAUAUCAAAAUAAUAAUAAAAUCGAUGGAAAAGAUAGUGAUGAAACCUCAAAUAAUUCUGUUGAAGGUGAUUUAUUAGUUAAAAACAAUAAAAGUGUAAUAAAGAAUCGAAAAUAUUCGUACAAAUUAACAAAGAAUGAGAAUAUAUUAUUGCAAUACUCACUGGAUCGUCUGUUAAAGGGGAUUUUGAGCGGGAGUAGAGAAAGUUUUGGGAAAUGCCUUCAUGAAAUUUUGAUUAACUUUAAAGAUUACAUUGAUUUCGACAAUUUAAUAUUGUUGUUCCUGGACUUGUAUAAUAUCAAAAACGUAUCGAACCAGGAAAUAAGAUAUCUGUACCUUGGAAGGCUAGAAAUACUGUUACAUCUGUGCAAAAUUAACCUCUUCACACAUUACACUAAAACUAGUGAAAUAUGUAAAAUAGUGGAAUACAUACAAGAAGCAUACAACUAUAAAGUUUAUUUACAAGAAUCCUCAAAUGUUGUUUUGAUCGCAAUAGUAAACCAGUUACAAGACAGUUUAAAAAAUGAAGUAAUCGAGAAGAUUUUAGACGUAUUUAGUAAUAAUGAUAGUCUUUUAUUGUAUUUUAAAACUGAAUUUGCCACAGAGAAGUGUAUCCAGAACAGCUCUGAAUUACAAUUAAUGAACAAGAAUGUAGUAGAGAAUAAGAUAAUGUCCAUACUGAAGGAUAUGAAAAAUGUGUACCCAAUAGUAAAUAUACACUUGAUAGAUGUUAUAGUAAAGUUAAAUGACCCAAAGAUGUUUAAGAAGUUGUUAAAUGUACUGGAUUGUAUGUUGGAAGGUAGUUUAAAUUCAGUUAAGACCGCAUUGAUAGUCUAUUUAAUUUUAUUGUUUAAAGUAAAACAGGAUUUGUUCCUCAUACUUGUUGAUAACUUGAGUAUUUAUUUUAAAGUUAUCAUCAAGUAUUAUAAGUAUAACAACCAGCUGUAUAUUAAACAGUUUAUCAAUAACUACCUACACCUGCUAUCCAACAAUAUCACUAACUGCAAUUAUGGGAACAAGCUAGUAAAUUCCAUAUAUGAUAAUUUAAUAACUAGUAAAAAUGAUAAAAAUAGUGGCGUGAACAGCGAUAUCAUUCCAUAUGUCAACCUUUAUUAUAAUCUAUUACAACAACUACACUGUACUAGUGCCACAACUUCCUUCAAUAAUAAGGGUAUUAAGGUAGAAUUACAAAUGACGAAUAAGGCUAAAGAAGAAGUUAGACAAAACGGGUCUGAAUCAGUUGAUAAUUGGGACAAUGAAAACAUAUAUAAGGUCCUAAAUUCAAUAAAUAUGUAUGAUAAGAAUUGUAACGUAUUUUUGGCAGUUAUCAAAUCAUUAAUGAACAAGUUGUUGCUGAAUUCACCAGACCCCAAAUUAAUAUUCAGUGAAAUUAUGUUAAAAACAGACUGUAAUAGUUUUAAAAUAACACUAAUCAAGAUGUUAAUAUUAAACAACAAUUUCAAUUUGACCACUGAACUUUUAUCACACUAUACUAGAGUAAGAGAUAAAAAAUCGGAAACUGCUGAAUCUAAGGAAGAUUUUUAUUCAGGAUUGUUGGAUUUGUAUAUCAGUGUUCUAACAAAGUAUGUAAAUAUAAUGGUAAACAAGAGGCUAAACAACAGAGAAUUGAUUAAUUACACCAGUAUAUUAUGUGAUAAUGUUAAAAUAUUGAACAAAGUUCAAGACAAGAACGACGUAUUGUUGGAAAGGUUUUAUAAUCAUAUUAAAGAUUUUAAAACCAAUAGUAGUCCGUCCGUGGACACCAAUACCAUAUUCGAAAACAUAUUAUUGGUUACAUUAUACUUGUACUAUGUAACAAACACUCAUCUUAAACGUAGUUAUGAGGAUGGCCUGUUGGCUUCAUUUAUGAAUUACAUGUACUGUUAUGUUACCGGAAAAGAAAACAAACAGGCAGAUGAUGAAAAUUUAUUGUAUAAUAUGAUAAUAUACAACAUAUUUAAUUAUGAUAAGGACGAAGAUUUGAUGAAUAAGCUGUAUAGCGCUAUCAACAAACUGGUAUUCAAGUGUGUAAAUGAGAAAUUUAGUAGUCAAAUUUGGGAAACAAUUUUCAAAAUCACUCUCAACAACGAUUUUAACAUUAUCAAUGACAUAUUGAUUGGCAAUAAUAUACUAAAACAAGGUGAAUACCAUGAAGAAAUUGAGGAAGACGAUGAAGAUACCGACGAGGAUGAAGAUGCGGAUGCCGAUGAGGAUGAUACUGAAAUAAGUGAAGAUGAAGAGGAUACUAGUUCAGUGGACGAAGAAGCUGAAGAUAAAAGUGACGAUGAUGAGGAAGAUACAGCAACAGAAUUGGAAAAUGAUGCAGACGAUUUGGUAGUGGAAAGCUUAAGUGAAUUGAUAAAUGAAACGCCAAAUGUAAAUAAAGAAAAGGAAAAGAAAAAAGAUUACAGCCUGAAGAUAACUGGGUACAACUUGCUGUUAUAUUUGGAUAAUCUUGAUUUGGAUAGACUGUAUCUAGUACUAAAGGACUAUAAUAGCUCAUUCAAACACAAUUACAGUCACGCAAUACACAAAUUCUUGACAAAGAUGGCCGAAAACACCACAGCAUCAGCCAAUAAUGUUAGUGUUAAGAAUAAUGCCCCUGAAGACUUAGGCGCCAACGUUUUUGUUACAGUUAAAAUCGGGGAUGAUGAAAAGAAAUUUGAACUGAGUGAAAAGGUUGUCAGAGUAGUAAACUAUGUCUUGAAUAACAAGAACAUGAAAAAUGCACUGGUAUUGUCAUUUAAGAUUAUGAGUAAGAAUCAUGUAGAUAUGGAAAAGGUGCUUAAUUACAUGACCUGUAUGAUGUACACUAAGAGAACGGUGUUGAAUCACGAUAUUCUGAUAACUUUAUAUAAAACUUUCAAGGUUCCUUGUAAAGUAAACUUGUUUGAGCUAUUAACUAAUAAUAUGAAGAGUGUAAUCAAGUCAAAGCUGUUAACCCUGUACACGUUUUUAUUGAAUAACGAUCAAGUCGAUACUAUUGAAGAUGAUUUGGAAGUCGUGAACAAAUUACUGCUACAGUUUAAUAAAACAGAAAAAGAAGACGGUGAAUUUGAAGUUAAAGUUAUGGAUACUGGCCCAACUACGAGUAAGCAAUAUGUGAAAUCGCUAAUACUCUGUAUAAACAACAUGGUAAGACACGUAAAGAAAGGUCCAAAAUUAAAGGAAAAUAAAGAAGUACUAGAUAAACUAAAUGAAAUCAACCAGGUUGUUAAAUUGCUAAAUAAUAAAGUAAUUAACAAAUAUUAUGUCAAAUACACCAUGUAGAGAUACAAAUCUGUUUCAAUCAAAUAGUCGUUAUUUUGAAAUAAUGUGAUCUUCAGUCAA